CCAAAAAUAUCUUUAAUUAUGGCAUAUGAAAACUUAAAAAUAUCUCAUCAUAUAGCUUCUCUAUCGACAAAUAUUCACACAGAAACCAAAAAAAAAAAUUUAAUGGCAGCUUUGGCAUCAAACCCUCAAAUGCUAACUAGACAAGCUCAUAGUAACAAGAACGAGCAAUUUCGGAGGAGGGAGAGUUUGAAUUUGGAGAAGAAGUGUGGGUUUUGUGUGAGGAGGGUUCACAGUAAUGAAAAGCUUGGAAAGUCACAUAUGGAGAAAGAGUGGAGACGAAAAGCCUUCUGGUCAUCAAACACAUAUCAGCCCACGACUGUGGAGAUGGAACCCAUUAACAACGUUGAAGAGCUUGACGCUGUUCUCUCUCACGCUCGCCAACUCUCUCAGCCUAUCAUCAUCGAAUGGAUGGCUUCAUGGUGUCGAAAAUGUAUUUACUUGAAGCCUAAGUUGGAGAAGUUGGCGGCAGAAUAUAACAACCGAGCAAAAUUUUACUACGUGGAUGUAAACAAGGUCCCUCAAACAUUGGUGAAACGUGGAGACAUUUCGAAAAUGCCCACCAUUCAGUUAUGGAAGGAAGAUGAGAUGAAAGAGGAGGUGAUAGGAGGUCACAAAGGAUGGCUUGUCAUUGAAGAAGUUAGAGAAUUGAUCAACAAAUAUGUCUAAUCUUCACUUUCCCCUUCCUUUUUUUUUUGUGUCUUCAAUUGAUAUGUACAGUCAGUUUUCUUCUUUCCUUUAUUUACUAUCUAUAUACAAUUUCAAACUUUUUUUUUUGAUAAAAAUCAAGAAGUUUCACCUUUUUAAUGUGUA